AUGUCGAACCAGCACACCCAGAAGACCUACACCCUCAACACCGGCAACAAGAUCCCCGCCAUUGGCCUGGGAACUUGGCAGUCCAAGCCCAAUGAGGUCCGCGAGGCCGUCAAGAACGCCCUGCUGAAGGGUUACCGCCACAUCGACACUGCCCUGGCCUACGGCAACGAGGCUGAGGUCGGCGCCGGUAUCCGCGACUCCGGCGUGCCCCGCGAGGAGAUCUGGCUCACCACCAAGUUGGACAACACCUGGCACCACUGCGUCGAGGAGGGCAUUGCCUCCUCCCUGAAGGACCUCGGCACCGACUACGUCGACCUCUACCUGGUCCACUGGCCCAGCUCCACCGACCCCAACGACAAGUCCAAGCACCUGCCCGACUGGAACUUCAUCAAGACCUGGCAAGAGAUGCAGAAGCUCCCUGCCACCGGCAAGGUCCGCAACAUCGGUGUCUCCAACUUCGGCAUCAAGAACCUGGAGAUCCUCCUCAACGACCCCAGCACCAAGAUCGUCCCCGCCGUCAACCAGAUCGAGCUGCACCCCAACAACCCCUCCCCCAAGCUGGUCGCCUACAACACCUCCAAGGGCAUCCAUUCCACCGGCUACUCCUGCCUGGGCUCCACCAACUCCCCUCUCUACAAGGACCCCACCCUGCUCUCCAUCGCCGAGAAGAAGGGCAAGACCCCUCAGCAGGUCCUGCUGGUCUGGGGUAUCCAGAAAGGCUGGAGCGUUAUCCCCAAGUCCGUCAGCAAGUCUCGCAUUGACGGCAACUACGAGAUUGACGGCUGGAGCCUGACUGAUGAGGAGGUUGCUCAGCUGGAUAACCUGAAGGACCGCUUCAAGGUUUGCGGUGAUGACUGGUUGCCUAUUAAGGUCUUCUUCGGUGAUGACGAGUAA